AUGGCGCGAUACGGUGGAGGAAAAGAGCCAUGGUAUCGGCUCGCCGCCGGUGCCUUUGGUAUUAUGGCAUUGGCACUGCAAGGCGUUGCGGCCGAGGACAUUCUCAAAACUAGCGGCUUCAGCAACUGCGGGACCACCCCUAGUGUGGAGGUCAAGAAGAUGGAAAUCACUUACAACGCCUCGAACAAGACUGUCGUCUUCGACAUAAGCGGGACAAGCAGCAGAGUACAGAACGUAACGGCCUCUCUCGAAGUGACGGCAUACGGCCAGAGCGUCUUCUCCAACAAGUUCAACCCUUGCUCUGCCAUCACUUUCGUAUCCCAGCUGUGUCCAGUCCCUGCCGGCACCUUCUCGGCACGAGGCCAGCAAGUUAUUCCAGCUCAGUUUGCCGAUGCCGUUCCCGCGAUUGCUUUCCAGAUCCCCGACAUCGCCGCCCUCGCCACUCUCGAACUCAAGGCCCUGGACUCGGAACGGAAUGUGGCGUGCAUCAGGUCCCAAGUGUCAAACGGCAAGACGGCCAAUGUUCCGGCGGUUUCGUAUGUCGCCGCCAGCGUCGCCGGUGCGGCUCUUGUCAUGACUGGAGUCUCGGCUAUGGGUGCCGCAGUUGCAGGUGGAGGUGGUGCCGCAGCCGGCGGAAGUGCGGCCGGGUUCGGGACUGUCAGUCCCAGCUUCACCGAGGUGUUUGGGUGGUUCCAAGGUCUGGCCAUGGAUGGCAUGCUCUCGGUUGCCUACCCACAGGUGUAUAGGAGCUUUUCCAAAAACUUUGCCUUCUCGACCGGUCUCGUCCCCUGGACCCAACUCCAGGUUGCCAUCGACGACUUUCGCGGCAGGACCGGCGGCAACCUUACCGCCGACAGCGUCGCAGCUCUGCGCAACACCACUCUGGUCUUCGAUGACGGCUCAAUCCAGGCCCCGCAGAGCAACGUAGUCAAGGUAAAGCGAGCGUUUGAUGACCUGGUUAUGCUCGCGGCCAGGCAGAUUGAGACGAGCAUUAACACCACCGCCCCAGCAUCGGGCGGAGAAAACUCUGGCAUGCCCGAAAACCUGCGCACGACCGUCACUGGAAUCCAGGCCUACGUCAACCAGCUGUCUAUUCCUUCUGCGAACACUUUCAUGACGGUUCUUCUGAUCGUAGCCAUUGCCAUUGUUGCCAUCGCCGUCGGCAUUCUGCUGUUCAAGCUAAUACUUGAGUUCUGGGCCCUCUUUGGAAACUUCCCCAAGUCCCUGAUUGGGUUUCGCGAGCACUACUGGGGUUCGAUUGCGCGCGCCAUCACUUCGCUCAUCCUGCUGCUCUACGGCGUCUGGGUACUGUACUGCAUAUUUCAGUUCACACAUGGAGAUUCCUGGGCCGCCAAGACGCUUGCUGGAGUGACACUGACACUAUUCACUGGCGUCCUGCUUUUCUUCUCUUUCAAGAUCUGGUACACUGCUCGCCAGCUCAAGCAGGCAGAGGGUAGCGCAAGCGGACUUUACGACCAGAAGAGCAUUUGGGUCAAGUACAGCAUGUUCUAUGAGUCGUACAAGAAGGACUACUGGUGGCUGUUUGUUCCGACAAUCGUCUACCUUUUCGCAAAGGGUGUCUGCAUCGCUGCGGGUGAUGGACAUGGAAGGGUCCAGACCAUCUCCCUGCUCUGUAUCGAGGCUCUCAUGCUUGUCCUGCUCAUCUGGAACCGACCAUACGAGCGAAAAUCUGGCAACGUCAUCAACGUCAUCAUCGCCGUCGUCCGCGUCCUCUCGGUCGUGGUUAUCCUGGUCUUUGUCCAGGAGUUUGGUGUAAAGCAGACGACUCAGACGGUGGCUGGCGUCGUCCUCAUUGUCCUCCAAUCUACUUUGACCGGUGUUUUGGCAAUUCUCAUUGCUUGGAAUGCCAUCAUUGCCUGCUGCAAGGCUAACCCGCAUCGUAAGCGGAGAAAGGAGCUCGAGAAAAUGCGCGAUGCCGACACACUCACGCCCCUUGACGCACGCAACUCCCUUCUCCUGGAUCGACCCAAGACAGAAGGCAAGGAUUCAUCUGCCACAUUUGCCGUUGCCAACACGGCCUUGGACGAAAAGUCGGCACUUUCACCGCCACGCGCCGUGCCAGAUAGGCACCUCAGCCCUGGGCCUCGAAGCCCGUACCCCAGUGAGAGGCAACCUGCGGGCGCCGGAGACACAUUCAGGUCCGACACGUUUAGGCCUCUCACGCCGCAGUCCCAGUAUGACGACAAGGAUAAUCUCCUGGCGGGAGCCGCACCGAUAGCGACAGCAGACAGCAGGCAGCCGACAUUGCCCGCUCUUGGUGGUGGCUACGGCGCCCCUCGGCCGACGAACAACUACAACCCGAGCAACUACGUGCCGCCGGGCUACGGCGGUGGCGGCUAUGGAGGCGGCUACAACCAGGGUCCUGACUAUAACAACAACGGCUAUGGCUAUGGACCACGCGGUGGCUACUAG